AGCAUGGAUCUGACUACCGAAUCCCGUCGUCAAGCGGCGGCUCAGCUUCAAAACGAGGUUUCCUUUUGGUAUUAUAGCUUCUGUAAGCUCGUAAAAUCUCAGCAAGAGUACGCAAGAACGCUCUGCCGGUGGAUCCAACUUACUGAUUGCCUUGUAACCGACAAGCGGCAGAGUCGUUGCGCAUCUGCAGUUCGUACACUCUCUGAGAAAUGGCAGCGUGGCUUAGAAAAAUUACCUGAUAAGGUGGCUUCAGAUGCCAUUAAGCACUUUUUGUCGGCCGUCGAAUCUAUAAUCCGACAGCAGGCCGAGGAGCACAACCAGUAAAGAAAAUCCGAGAAGCUCGAGAAAAUGUUUCAGAAGGAGUUAAUCUCACUAACGGAGAUGGAGAAAAAGGCCGAGGGAAAUGUUCUGAGCCCCAAGCAUCCUUUAUCGAUGAAGCGUGCCAGAACCGAAGCCUUGAAGAAGCGAGUCGACACGGAGAAGACCGAACAUCUAAACUCUGUCCAAGUAAGCAAUACCAUGAUUUUAAACAUCCUAAAAACUAGCCUUCCCAAUGUAUUUCAGGCAUUAAUGGGAUUCUCCAAAGCUUGUGUUCAUGCCUUUGAGGCCAUUGACAGCCACAAUCAACCGGAAGAAAUUCCUUGUGCCUCGGAGAACUCGACAAACUGAUUUUGUGCCGGGAAUUUAUAAUUGCAU